GAAAAAAGGAAAAUGAAAACUAAGCUCAGAAGUUUUGGUUUUGUUUUGAUUGUAUAUAAUCUUCUGUGCAUUAGUUUUAGUUAUUGAUUUGUUCCUUUUAUACAUUGCGCAAAGAGUACAUUAACAUUACAUUGCGAAUAACAAGUUGCGUUGAGAAUAAUGAUUGAUCUUCGAAUCUCGUAGAAGUAUCUAAUUAGAAAUUGAAUUGGCAAAGUGUAACUGUAAUAAAAGUGCGAAGUCCCAUAGUUUUUCAUUUUUAUUGACAUGAGAUAUUUGCAUAAUAAUUAUUACGGACCAUGGACUAUUAUUAUUAAUAUACCUAAGCACAACAGAAAAGAAGAAAUGAACAAGCGAUAAAAACAAAACUAAAAUCAAAAAGUUAUUAAAAAUGUACUAUGUUACUGGUACUAAUUUAUAUGGACAGUGGUUUAAGAAUAGUAAACACUUAUUUGAAGGUUUCCAAAAACUUGAGAAGGAAAAUGAGACAAAAGUUGAUAUAACUCGCGCUAAGCUAGUAACAUCAGGCUGGUCGUACAAUAUUUUCCAAAUCGACGACACAUUUUAUGUUGUUGGAGCUUGGAAGGGUGUAGAUAAUCAAAUUGUCAAGGUUCCAGAUCAGUGCAGGAGUUCAAAACAGUCAAAUUUCCUUAUUGCAGGUAAUGACUACACACUGAUAUUAGCUGAAAUUGUGACUCGAUCUGUAUGGUUCUAUGACUUUAAGUCUGAGCAUUUUAAGAAAGUAAAUAUUACCGAGCAGCCCAUUUCGGAAAAUGAAGUCAAGAAGUUAAAAACAAGUGAUGAAAUUAUUAAAGUGGUCGCAACAAAUAAUGUGUACAUCUAUUUAACGUCGGAAGGGCAUGUGUAUACUGGUCUAUUGCCAAGCUACUUGGAUACUCGCCACUGUUUUGGAAAAGUCUGUGAUGUUGAAUGUGGAUAUGAACAUUACAUGCUUCUUACAGAUGAAGGCAGAGUUUAUACAUGGGGGAAUGGAAGGAGACUGCAACUUGGCCAUGGAGACUUAACAAAUAUGGAAGUCCCAACAGAAGUUGAGGCAUUAGCAGGAAUAAAAAUAACUAAAAUUAAGGCUGGUGGCUGGCAUUCCCUAGCCUUAAGUGAAUAUGGAGAUUUGUAUGUUUGGGGCUGGAAUGAUACAGGACAGUUAGGAAUGAACAAAAAUGGCCAAGACAAUGUAGAAACCAAGAAAAAUUAUGCUACACCCACACUCGUUGACCUUUUUGAUGAGAAUGGAGAAGUUGAUUUAAACGUAAAGGAUAUAGCCUGUGGAACCAGACACUCAGCCAUUUUGCUCGAAGAUGAUACAGUUUGGACCACUGGUUGGAACAAAUAUGGGCAGCUUGGAUUUGCUCUAAAAAAAUAUGAAAAAUUGGAUUGCUUCACAAAGUCAUUUUACUGCCCCAAUAUUUCUGGUGUAAUCUGUGGACCCUGGAACACUAUUGUUGAAGGCUGUUCAUAAAGCUUUUAAUAAUUAUAGUUGAUCAAGUCCUACCUAGUUACUAAUGAAAAUACUCAGUGUCACUGUUUACUAAGUAUAUCUGUCAAU